AUGUCAAUAAAAAUAUUUCCAAGAAAGUUAAGAGAAUCAUUGAAACGCCCUAGCAACUCAAUUUUACGUGCAGUUCAAGUUGAUCCGUUAGAAAAAUAUUCUUUUCAACUCCUUUUUAAUACUUUAUCAAGUCAAGGGAACAAACAAUCUUCCUCUUUCAUA